CACAGGUGGAUGAAUCGGAUUUGUGUUAUGAAAAGCAGCUGUAGAAUAGUUAUGAAAACAAUGGUGUUAAUCUCCAGCUGUGGUCGGUACAACUUCGUGAUUGAUGACUCUGCUAUAGCAGCUGUUCAUGAGUGUUCUACAAGGAGUCGAGCAGAGUAGCAGCAAACAGCGCAGGCUUUGCUUUGGACACUUCGCGGGAUUCGUGCAAGUGAUUGGAUCUGAGCAGCCUCAGGUUUCUCUCAGCAACUCCCAGCAAAGAUUAAUCUCUAAGAGUAAGUACAUUUCUCAGAAUUUCAUCAUAUAGAAGACAAGCCCAGAAUUGCCUUCAGUUCUCCGUAGUAUCAUUUUGUUUGUCGUAAAGUAGUUAAUAUAGGAUUGGUGAGCUCUGGGGAGUUAUGGGAGAAUCUGUUUAGAAAAACCGCAGUGAUUUAUAGACUUCUGUUUGUGGUGCUAUGGUGUAGGUAAGCAUGGUAACGCAGUGUAAUGAGUUACAAGACUGAUAAAUGCAUCUGAGCUGGGGGACAUAAGCAGCCAUGUCAUUGUGUCUUCUACUUCGUGUAGAACUCUAUAAAAGCCUGCACGGCAAUCAUGUCCAAGGAAACCGCUGACUCCGACGGCCUUACAUGGGAGGUGAGGGCAAACAACCGCCCCUACCACAAACUGAAGAAAUUCUUUCUGUUUUUCCGCUGGGGGCACUACGCGGACAAUGUGGUGCGCAGCUACAAGUACUCCCCCCUGACUUUCCUACCCCUGACGCUGUUUGAGCAGUUCCAACGAGCAGCCAAUCUCUACUUCCUCCUCAUGGUGGUGUUGCAGUGUGUUCCUGCCAUCUCAUCCAUACCGUGGUACAUCACCAUCAUCCCACUGUUAGCCGUUCUCACUGUGAGAGGGAUCAAAGACCUCGUCAACGAUAUGGCGAGAAGACGCUCUGACUCUGAGAUUAACUCCAGGCCCUGUGACGUACUCGUUUCUCAGAGUUUCACCAGGGCACAGUGGAAAGAUGUGCGUGUUGGGGAUGUGGUGCGGAUCCACAAAGACCAAACCAUCCCUGCGGAUCUUCUCCUGCUGUGCAGUUCAGAGCCGCACAGUCUGUGUUACGUGGAGACAGCUGAUAUUGAUGGAGAGACCAACCUCAAGUACCGGCAGGCACUUGGUGCUACGCACAACGAGCUGACCACUCACCCCUCAGAGGAGGCCCUUGGUUCCUUCGAUGGCGUUGUACUCUGUGAGAAACCCAACAAUCGCCUGUACACCUUCAGAGGUCAAAUGCACUGGCGAGGAGAGUGUCUUCACCUGGAUUACGAGCACAUGCUCCUGAGGGGGACAAUCCUACGCAACACAGACUUUGCCUAUGGCUUGGCCAUAUACACUGGCGCGGACACGAAGAUCCUGAGAAACUGCGGGAAGCUGAGAGUGAAGAUGACUCAGAUGGAGAAAGUUUUCAACAACGUGGUGAUCGGGAUAGUCCUGUCUGUGCUGCUGGUAGCUCUGCUCCUUGCCAUUGGCAGUGGCGUGUUCUCGAGCCAGGUCAUGAGCCAGACAGGGGUUCUUCCUACUCUGGUGGUUAACGGCAAUCCAGCCUACACCGGAUUCCUUGUCUACUGGAGCUACAUCAUCCUUCUCAGCCCAGCCAUGCCCAUAUCACUCUACAUCUCAUUCGAACUGGUCCACACGGUCCACAGCUUGUUUAUUGGCUGGGAUUUGGAGAUGUAUUGGCAGCAGGCGGACAGACCGGCCCAGGCCAGGAAUACUUCACUGAACGAGGAGCUCGGCCAAGUGGGAUACCUGCUGAGUGACAAAACUGGGACGCUGACCCAGAAUCGUCUGCUCUUCAGACAAUGCAGCAUAGCUGGGGAGAUUUAUGGUGACGCAUCAGUCAAGGCAGAAGAUGUCGAGCCCAUGAAUUUAAGCUGGAAUCCGUUCUCCCGCGGUGAUCUUUUCAUGUCAGCCCCCAGCCUCGUGGAGAGGCUCAGAGGACAGCAGUGUCCUCUGAGCAGACAGUUCCUCUCUGCUCUGGCUUUAUGUCACACGGUUAUGGCCGAAUGGAAGGAAGAGACCCCAGUUUAUCAGGCUGCAUCCCCAGAUGAGGAGGCUCUUGUUGGUGCAGCCAGGGAGCUGGGCUGGGUCUUCCUUUCAAGGACAAGAGAUUUUAUUGUCAUCUCUGAGUUGGGAGUCACCCGCCAGUAUCAGCUACUGGCUCUGCUGGACUUUACCAGCAAGAGGAGACGCAUGUCUGUGCUGGUGCGGGAGCCAGAGGGUGGGUUAAAAUUAUACUGCAAAGGGGCAGAUAUAGUAAUCCUGGAGAGACUGCAGAGCGACUCUCCACACCAGGAAAGUACUGAAAAAGCUCUGCAGUUGUUUGCUGAGGCCUGUCUGAGGACGCUGUGUGUUGCGGUUCGAUCUGUUCCUGAGGCAUCGUGGGAGCAGUGGAGUAAAACUCUAACCCAGUCUGCUGUCAUGGCAACCUGUGAACGUGACGCACUGCUGGAAAAGUUAUAUGAUGAGAUGGAGGAAGACCUGCAGCUCCUGGGAGUGACGGCAAUAGAGGACCGGCUUCAGGAAGGCGUUCCUGAGACUAUUGCUCUUCUUCAAGAAGCUGGGCUCAAAGUAUGGGUGCUGACUGGAGACAAAAAAGAGACUGCAGUGAACAUUGGAUAUUCUUGCAAAUUACUGGAUCCUGAUGCCAGAUUGCUGGAAUGGCAGGAGCUGAAACAGAUACUCCAGUCCCCAGACCCACUGGUCAGUUUCUUCAAGGCCAGACAGACGGAGCUGUGGGCUGUAGACAAGGAGAUGGCUGGAGCUUCAGAGAAGACGUCUGUGGUCCUCACUGGACCUGAGCUGGCGGAGUUUGACCAGAGACCAGAGUGGGGGGCCACGUUCAUGAGCAUAGCAGACCACUGUCAGUCGGUGCUAUGCUGCCGUGUAACACCUGCACAGAAGGCCGAUAUCGUCACACUGGUCAGGAAACAUACCAACUCCGUCACUUUGUGCAUUGGCGAUGGAGCCAAUGAUGUGAACAUGAUUAAGACGGCUCACAUUGGAGUGGGGCUGGCAGGAGUGGAGGGAGGUCAAGCGGUGCAGAAUGCAGACUUUGCUUUCUCCCAGUUCAGGUUUCUGCAGAGACUGCUUCUAGUCCACGGCCGCUGGUCCUAUCGUCGCAUUUCCCUCUUCCUGCGCUACUUCCUGUUUAAGACUUGUGGUUUUGCUCUUGUGCACAUAUGGUUUGGUUUAUUCAAUGGCUUCAGUGCUCAGUCUUUGUAUGAGACAUGGUUCAUAGCGCUCUACACGGCCUUCUACACAGCAGCCCCAGUUAUGUGCAUUGCCAUUUUUGAGCAGGACGUGAGUGCAGAAAGCAGCUUGAAACUGCCCGAGCUGUACAAGCACAGACAGAGGCAGCAGCGCUCCACUUAUGUGACCUUGUCCUUGUCGCUCUUGUACGCCGUCUACGCAUCCCUCAUCCUCUUCUUCAUCCCGUUUGGAGUUUUCUACGACUCAGCCUUGGACUACCAGACCAUGGCGGUCACUGUCUCUAUGGCAGCUAUGUUCGCUGCCACCUUUGAGGUCGCGCAGCUGACCAGAUACUGGACCAAGUUCAGUUUGGCGGCUUUGUUUGUGUCCUUUUUGCUGUUCUUCAUCUUUACCAGGAUCACACACAGCAACCGUCUCUUUGAGAAAGCGCCCAACGAUUAUUUCUUCGUUGGUGUGUCUGAUAAGGCCUUUGUCGAUCCAGUUGUGUGGCUCACAGCUCUGCUCACAUCAUGGACAGUUAUUUUGCCCUCAGUAACCAGUCAUGCCAUCUGUGUCAUUCUUGCCCGCCUCGACAAUCACAAGGUCCAUAGCACAUCUCCGCAGCCCGUAGAACUGAGGUCGCCGUUCAGGAGAGGGGCGUCUCACCGUCGUUCCUCCUACGCCGUCUCUCAGGGAGCUGGGCCUGGACGCCUCAUCACCUCAGCGACCUGCAUCCGUAACACAACACUGCCAGUGGAUGAGAAGGUGACUACAAGUAGCAAACCCACUGACGUACAGGACCAAGCUUAAUGUGUGAACAAUGGCUAAUGCAUUUAUACUUUCAUACUGAAAAUAUGUCAUACUCAUUGUUGCGUUAACAUACAACUGAAAGGAUUACACAUUAUGUUUCUGAAUGUCCAAGCUGUUCUGCAGGUACGUAGUGUGUAGUGGAGCCGUCACUCUAUUGUAUGGCUUCUAUUUUUCAAUAAACUGAAAGAUUGAUAUCCAAAAUAUAUCAUUCACCGUCAAUCUGGUUUCUUACCUUU